ACCGUCAAUUGCUCUCAACACGCUUGAAUGAGUGGUCACUGGGCGGUGAUUUCGGAGGCGAGUUUCUCUCAACCACCAGCGCUAGCAAGCAACUCUCCAGUGAACCUCGGUCUGCUACCUUUUCUGCCUCAAACCUCUCUCGGGCUUGGCAAAAGCGCCUUUACGGGGAAUUCCCGGCAAGCUUUGACCGGGAGUUGCCGGCUCCCCGGUGCAACCUCAAGAACAGUCAUUGCGAGAUUUCUCCGGCUUCAACUCGUCCCUCCGCCUGCACGACUUUUACCGGCCACCGUGGCAGAUUCCUCUCCUCACAGCCAUCAUCGUGCAGCAUAGUCAGAGACGUGGACCUCGAACCUGUGCGAUUUGCUGAUGCGUCUUUGGCCUGACGAUUCCUCCUUUUUGAGCGAACUCCAAACCGACAAUGUCGUUCUCGAGCCUCGUUCAGGACUUGUCGCUUCGCGACUCUGGCGCACCUAGGAGACGCGCCGAGGCCUCCGUUUCCACAAUCGACGACCGAGCCUCGCACAUUUCUAUGGCCAAAUCGUACACGAGCACUGCCGCGACAAGCGUGAGCAUCUCGGGGGACAUCUCGAGCCAGCUCCAUGCCGGCUACUCCCACCCGCUGGCGAGAACAUGGCAAGCCGAGCGGCAGCUCACCAAGUCGAUGCUCAUCUAUCCCCUGUUCAUCUCGGACCAGGACGACGAGGAAGUCCUCAUCCCCUCGCUGCCGAACCAGUACCGUCGCGGGAUCAACCGAUUGAUUCCCUUCCUCGAGCCGCUUGUUCAUAAGGGCCUGCGUUCCGUCAUCCUUUUCGGCGUGCCCAUGAGGCCGGGCACCAAAGACGCUCUGGGAACGGCAGCCGACGACCCGGAGGGUCCCGUCAUCCGCAGCAUUCAGCUCCUGCGACGAAGAUUCCCCCACCUCUACAUCGUGUGCGACGUCUGUCUGUGCGAGUAUACCUCCCACGGCCAUUGCGGUAUUCUUCGGGAGGACGGCAGCCUGAACAACCAACUCUCGGUCGACCGCAUCUCGGAUGUCGCCGUCGCUUACGCCCGUGCAGGCGCCCACUGCGUGGCGCCGUCCGACAUGAACGACGGCCGGAUCCGUGCCAUCAAGCUCAAGUUGAUCGAGGAGGGCAUCGUGCACAGUGUUACUCUGAUGUCGUAUGCCGCCAAGUUCUCGGGCUGCCUGUACGGACCGUUCCGCGACGCUGCCGGCUCGGCUCCGUCGUUUGGCGACCGCAGAUGCUACCAGUUGCCCCCCGGUGGGCGCGGUCUCGCGCGCCGCGCCAUCGUCCGCGACAUCAACGAGGGCGCCGACAUCAUCAUGGUCAAGCCGGCCGGCCAGUACUUGGACAUCAUCAGCGAUGCGAAAGAACUGGGCAAGGACCUGCCGAUCGCGGCGUACCAGGUCAGCGGUGAGUUCGCCAUGAUCCACGCCGCGGCCAAGGCUGGCGUUUUCGACCUCAAGACCAUGGUGUUCGAGAGCACCGAGAGCAUUCUCAGAGCUGGUGCAAGCAUCGUCAUCAGCUACUUCGUUCCAGAGCUCCUGGACUGGCUGUCCAACUGAUGGAUUCAAGGCUUAUUAUGGGCGCGGUGUUCGGCGUUCUUUUUGGGUGCAUGGGGUAAGGGAGCUAGGUUCAAAGCCGGGAGGACAUGGCGAACAUGACGCUAGAUUCCAGCUUUAUGCUCAUGCUCAGUUAUGCUUCAGACGACCAAGGGAAGCAGCUGGGAAUCCAGCGUGUCAUUGCUGAGACAGGCGCACAUAUGUAUAAAUACUUAAUCAGCUCUUCUCAUCACCUAUAUUCCCUGGCUUUGCUUGGAAGUGCGAUAGUCACUAGUUAUACGUAUCAAAACGGUAGAAAAAAACCAUCGAUAGGCCGCUCGUUCCUAUUCACGUAAUUAACUUCAUGG